CUGCGAAAAUAAAAGACCUAUCUCAUCCUACUUCAAAGCAGAAGCGAUUACUGAACGGCGUCGCUUCCUCUCUCGCUCUCCCACUCACUUCUGGCCUCCUCCACUCGCCGACGUCGCCAUUAUGGAUCAAACGCGGGCCUUCGUCAAGGACGUGAAGAGGCUCGUCAUCAAGGAGUGCCUAGGCCAAUGCCUACUGCCUCAGGCAAUAUUGACCUUGGCGCUUUGGAGUUACUUUGAUGAGAUUGGAGUAUAGUGGGAACUGCAGUUGUAACGAGAACAGAUGGGAGAUUGGCUCUUGGAAGAUUGGGAGCCCUGUGUGAGCAAGUCAAAGAACUCAACGUAUGUGGUUUUGAGGUUAUCCUUGUUACAUCAGGUGCAGUUGGAGUUGGUCGACAAAGGCUUAGAUACAGGCGAUUAGUCAAUAGCAGCUUUGCGGAUCUCCAGAAGCCGCAAUUAGAAUUAGAUGGCAAAGCCUGUGCUGCAGUUGGUCAAAAUGGCCUAAUGGCUUUGUAUGACGUAUUAUUUAGUCAGCUUGAUGUGACAUCAUCUGAGCUUCUUGUUACAGAUAAUGAUUUUAAGGAUCCAGAUUUCCGAAUGCAACUGUGUCAGACAGUGAAUACAUUGUUAUCUUUGAAAGUUAUUCCUGUUUUCAAUGAAAAUGAUGCAAUAAGUACUAGGAGAGCUCCAUAUGAGGAUUCUUCUGGUAUUUUUUGGGACAAUGAUAGUUUAGCAGCCCUUUUAGCAUUGGAACUAAAAGCUGAUCUUCUUAUUCUGCUAAGUGAUGUUGAAGGUCUAUAUAGUGGUCCUCCUAGUGAACCUAAUUCACGACUAAUACACACUUAUGUGAAAGAGAGGCAUGACUCUGAGAUAACUUUUGGAGACAAAUCCAGGGUUGGAAGAGGUGGCAUGACUGCUAAAGUAAAGGCUGCUGUUUAUGCUGCUUAUGCUGGCACACCCGUUGUGAUUACCAGUGGUUUUACUACAGAUAGCAUUCUAAAAGUACUUCAAGGUGAGAGAGUUGGUACCCUCUUUCAUCAGGAUGCAGCUAAUUGGGGAUUGCAAGGAGAAGACACUGCUCGUGACAUGGCAGUUUCAGCAAGGGAAUGUUCGAGGAGACUUCAGAGCUUAUCAUCAGAUGCCCGCAAGAAGAUUAUGAUGGACAUUGCCAAUGCAUUAGAGGCAAAUGAGAAAUUAAUUAGAACUGAGAAUGAGGUUGAUGUUGCUGCUACACAACAAGCUGGAUAUGAGAAACCAUUGAUCUCUAGGUUGACAUUGAAGGCAGGCGAGAUAUCUAGCCUUGCAAAUUCAAUUCGUGCACUUGCAGAUAUGGAGGACCCAAUAUCCCGGGUUUUGGAAAGAACUGAGGUUGCAGAUGGUCUAAUCUUAGAAAAGACAGCUUGCCCAUUGGGUGUUCUCCUCAUUGUUUUUGAGUCGAGGCCUGAUGCUUUAAUCCAGAUUGCAUCUUUAGCCAUACUAAGUGGCAAUGGUCUUCUUCUUAAAGGUGGGAAAGAAGCCAUGAGAUCUAAUGCAAUCUUGCAUAAGGUAAUUACAGAAGCAAUUCCAGCAGUUGUAGGUGAGAAGCUCAUUGGUCUUGUCACACCUAGAGAAGAGAUUCCCGAUCUACUAAAGCUUGAUGAUGUAAUUGAUCUUGUGAUUCCACGAGGAAGCAAUAAAUUGGUUACACAAAUCAAGGAAUCCACCAAGAUUCCUGUUCUGGGUCAUUCAGAUGGCAUUUGUCAUGUUUAUCUCGAUAAAUCUGCUGACAUGGAAAUGGCGUCCAGGAUUGUAUUGGAUGCGAAAAUUGACUAUCCAGCUACCUGUAAUGCUAUGGAAACACUUCUUAUCCACAGAGAUCUCUUGAAUAAUGAGUGGCUUAAUGAUUUACUGGUAGAACUCAAAAGUGAAGGUGUUGCCUUGUUUGGCGGACCUCGAGCAAGUCAAGAGUUUGGUUUUUCAGAAGCACCAUCCUUACAUCACGAAUACAACAAAAUGGCUUGUACGGUUGAAGUCGUCGAUGAUGUUCAUGCUGCAAUUAACCAUAUACAUCAAUAUGGAAGUGCACAUACUGAUUGCAUUAUUGCCAAGGAUAUUGCAACUGCGGAGAUCUUCCUCAGUCAAGUUGACAGUGCUGCAGUAUUUCACAAUGCAAGCACACGUUUCUGCGACGGAGCCCGUUUUGGACUUGGAGCAGAGGUUGGUAUAAGUACAAGUAGAAUUCAUGCUCGAGGCCCUGUUGGUGUCGAGGGAUUGCUGACUACUAGAUGGAUUUUGAAAGGCAGCGGGCAAGUGGUGAAUGGCGAUGAAGGGGUAGUUUACACCCAUCGGAAGCUUCCUCUAGCAAAUUAGCAACCAAGUGGCUAUAAUUUCGGUCAGGGGUCUGCCUAUUGAUGCAAGAGUUGUUUCCACGGCCUCCGAAAGGAUUUGCAUUUUAUUCUCUAUAGGGUUGGAACCCUUAAACAGGAUUAGGGUUUGAUGGUGCAUCAAAUGGAAGCUACGAUCAUAAUAACUUGGUAA